AUGGCAUCGUUCGAUGAAGCACCACCAGGAAACUCAAAGGCCGGUGAAAAGAUCUUCAGGACCAAGUGUGCUCAAUGUCACACCGUCGACAAAGGCGCAUGUCACAAACAAGAGGCAGUUGAUCUUAGGAGCAGUGAAGUUCCUAUUCAGCCAUCUCUAAAGGGAUGUGACUUAUCAUACAAAGCUGCAUUACCUGAAAUCCAAAACCUCUUGAGAUGUGCUUGUGAGACGCAUAACCUACCAUUAGCUCAAACAUGGGUCUCUUGUCUCCACCAAACCAAAACCGGAUGCCGUCACAACGAUGAUAGCUACAUCCACUGCAUCUCAACCAUUGAUGAUGCUUGCUACGUUGGUGAUCCAACAGUCCUUGAGUUCCAUGAAGCUUGCUCUGAGCAUCACCUCUUGAAAGGCCAAGGAGUUGCAGGACAAGCUUUCUUGACAAAUGGACCUUGCUUUCCUCCUGAUGUCUCUAACUACAAGAAGUCUGAGUACCCUCUCUCACCAUGCUAA